AAUAUUAUUGUUUGUUAGGUUUUAGAAGUUAUUCUGUAUGGUUUUUUUUAAAGACAUUUUGUCCUCGCCACUUCCACGAAAGCUACUGCUGCUGCUACUGCUACUACUGUUAUGAUAAAAGCUGCUGCUGAUAUUACUACUGUUAAAGCUGCUGCUGCUUUUGCUGCUGUUGUUGUUAGAUUUCGCCGUUACUAGUUAGUCUACUGCUACAACAGUGUAUAUACAAUGGAUAAUCUGACUUCAGAAGACUGGGAUGUUUUAUGCAGUACUGCUAGUGAAAAGAAGGCCAAAAAGAGUCACAGAAGAUCUGUUUCUUUGGGACAUCACGACCAACUGCAGCUCAUUAGACAACAUCUACAAAAAAACAAAGAAGGAAGCAAACAACCCAAUUCUUCAAAACUUAGACAUAGUCCUGUAUCUGCAAAUCAUUGUGCAUUAACAUCAAGCCAAUCAACCAAUGUAUUCAGCCAACCAAAGUCAAUAUCACCUAGUAUCAAUAAUAAUAACAAUAAAGCUACCAUGCCUAGGUAUCAAAGAAAUAGUGUAGAAGGUUUAAACACAGAGAUUGAAAAGUUAGUUUUAAAAUCUAUUUCCUUAAUGGAAGAUGAAGAUAAUACUCAUGAUAUUCCUGAUGGCCAUCGAGCACCCUUACCUGAUCAACAGCAACACCAGCAAUAUUCACUAAGUGGUUGCAAUGCCAACAAUAAUGGCCCCAAUUCUCUGGCAACAACACGGACCUUAUAUACACAGACUCCUUCAAGUUGUUUUGAGAGCAGAGAGGUAUCUUCAGUUAGUAGCAAUAGCAGUAGUUCUUCAACAGCAAAUAGGUCCCAUUCUGUUAGCCCUGCAAUGCCAGUUAUUCCAAAUGCACAUAUAGACACUUCUCGACCAUCUAGUCAAAUAGCCAGCAAAUCAGAGCAUAGUUCAACAGAUACAGAAAAAGGUGAUCCAGAUUUCUCAGUUGUAGAUUCUCCUGAACCCAAAUUUGUAUCCAGUCCUAAGCCCAAUAUGUCAUACUCUUUUGCGAGAGAACCUCCUGAUGGUUGUGAGAGAAUCAAAGCUACAUGUGUUGAAAGUGCCAAGAAGACUCCAGCUAUUAAAGAACCACUUUUGUUUUGUUCUCCGAAGAAUACAGCAUAUGUUCUAAAACCAAGUGUUACAUCAGCAUUUAACCCUUUAUAUAAAAGUUUGAUGACUCAAAGCCCAGAACUUGCCUUAUGCAGUCCUGCAGCUAAUUCUAACCAGCCCCAGGCCAGUUUUGAAGGACAAUGAUUAUUUAAAUAUUUCUUUAACAACAAUAUUUAUUAAAAAUGUCACACGGUAUUUCAAAUGUUUAUUUUGGCAUAUUCUUCUAGAAUCUGUUCCAAUUAAAACAUUAAUUGUAAACUAGUUGUUAAUCAUAUCGAACAAUUGAGCAUUGUAUACCAGACAUGGAGUGAUACAGUCAAUGGAAAAGGUUUGCUAAUUAACAAACAAUAUUGGCAAAUUUCUGGGCUCUAAUUAUCAUAACGUCUACAAUUUAUGUUUCAUUUCACAAUUUUUAUUUUAUUCAUUUUUUUUUUAAUAUUUCAUUAUUCCUUAUGCAGAUGGAUCCUAUCUGUGCCUUUUUUGUUUAGUAGUCUGCAGUUCGGAUUUUUUUUUUUGUCUUUUUGGUUUAAUGAAUGCUUAAAGCAGAGAAAUGAACCAAUAAUUGGUGAGAUAUUACUCACUUAAGCUGAGAUUGUGAUAUCUGAUUUUACAGAUUUGAAAUUGAUAUAAGUUUUGUUCUAUUGUUAUGGCUUGGACGCAUACUUUCCUAUUCUCCUCAUAUGAAUAACAGUAACAGAUAUGUUGCUUUACCAAGGUAAUAUGCCCCCUUCCUUUUGAAUGGGGAUUUUCUUUCUAUUGCCAUGCUUUGUCUAGUUUUAAAAAUCUAAACAAAAAAAAAAAAUUCAAAUUCAUUAGAGACCUAGUAUUGUGUCAAUAAAUAGAACAUUAAUUCAAUACCAUUAUAGUGUUGGUGUAUAAGUGAAUAUUUGACCUUCAUAUCACAGUAAGUGGAGGUACAUAUGUAAUAGAUACUACACACUGUCACCACAUGUAUAUUGAACAUAUUUUGCACAUAAAACCAUAAGCAUGUACGUUACAUAUGUAUACAUACAUUCUUGAUUAAAUAUAUUAACGUAUGUCUUAAUGCUAUAAGAGACCUCCAGUUUAGGGCAAGAGGCAAAAUGAAUGUUCCAGUUAGGAGUCAAAACAAGGUGACAAAUUUGGCUUGCUGUAGCAUCAGAUGGCAUGUCAGAGAUGGACAAACAAUAGUUUUUACAUUGGUUUAAUGUUCUAGAAAUAUAUGAUAUGGAGUAGUGAGUUAUGAGCUCCAUGUUUUUGUUGUUUACCACCAUGUCAACUCUGAGCAGACUUAUAAUUAAAUACUUUUCAGCUAUGCCUGUCCUUUCUUUUAAGGUAUAAUAUAUCUAGGACUACAUUGUAUCCCUACUGUUUGAAAAGCUGUCUGUAAGGUGUGAUGUGGCUGCUAAUUCUAACAGGUUGAGCUACCAUAUUGAGGCUCUCUUGCUAGCUUAUAAAAUCUAUAUUGUUCUGAAGAGCAUUAAUGAAAUGGUUCUUUUAGAGUCGAUUUCUGAUUCUACCAGAAAUGGAUUCAUAACAGAAAAGCACAUAGACACAUCUGUGUCAAGUAUUUAACUUAAUUACAUUAAACAUAUUGUAUAGGAUUGUAUUUUGGGCUUCUAAUGAUCUCUUAUGAAAUUCUCUGCUAUUUUUCUUAAUAUACUAGUCAGGUUUGUCCUUUAUGUUGUUUGAGGAUAAUAAUUUAAUUACAUAUUUUAUCUCAGGUUGAAUCUGAAAACCCCUAAUUAGUAACUCCUUAAUAUUUUGAAAUAUAUAAUCUAACAAAAUUAUAAUUUAACUUUAUUAUAUAGAAAAUAAUUUCCAGUUUUGUUGUGUCUAGGGAGAGUCAUUAUUCCAAUAUUAUUAACACACACACUGAAAGUCAUUGAAAAGGUUGGAAGUAGCAACAAAAGAUAUUUGAAAAACAAAGCAAAUGACUUACUGUUUAACCAAAUUAAACAAACAAUCAAUUAGUUAGUUGGAUAUUUAACCAAUUGACUUAAAGGAGUGGAAUCGAACCAGUGCAUGUGUUAAUAAUAUUGGUAUAAUGACUCUCCCUAGACACAACAAAAUUUGUUUCAACACAUGAAUUCACAUAAAGAAUCUUGCAAACCAGAUACAAAAAUGAAAUAAUUUCUAGUUGAUAAUUGUAAUAUAAAUGUUGUUGCUAAUAUUAGCACUAGGAAGGGCAAUGAGUGACAAAAUGUUUUGCACUUUUUAGUCACAUUGAUUUCAAAUCCAAUCGUGCUCAGUUUUGGUUAAUCAAAUUAAGUAGCAGUUGAGUAAUGGAUUUGUUUUAAUGCAUUGUUAUAUGUUCUCUUAAAAUGAUAGUCUUGUGCUGAUGUUAAAAUAUUAGCAGUAGAAGGUGGUGAAUGAUUGAAUCAGUAGAGCACCAGACAAAAGCCUUGUGUUGUUUAUUCACAUUUCUGUAUGCUUUAACUUCAAAUCCUGUGUGGUCAGUUUUGCUUUUCAUAUCCCAAGGUUAAGACAAUAAGCCCUUGACUGUACUCCUUCCCUAUAAAUUUGUGGCCUUGGGCCAAUGUCAGAAACCUAUAUUAGCACUUGGAACAUUCAGUCCAUUUUAUUCAUACUGUGAUUUUAUUGAAUACUUUUGAGCAGUCAUUGGCAAAUUGCAGCCCACAGGACUCUCUGAAUGGCACACCUAAUGAAAAAUUACCUCAGAUUUUUUUAGUAGUGUGGACUGCCUGAUUAUGACCCAUGUCUUAUGUAUCCUGUUUCUUGAAAAGGUUACCCAUAUCUGCUUUAGAAUAUAUUUUACUUCAUUUUUUACAUUAUUUACAAUUGACGGAUAUUUUACUUCAUAUGAAAUUUAUUUUCAUUUUGAGAAAGCAUCACUGAUGUAAAAUGAUUUUUUAAAACAAGAUUGCAUUAGCUACAUUCGUAGCUAAUCAUUUUUAGUUAACAUUCCAUUCAUUUUUAUUUUUAAAAAUCCAAAAUGUUUAUUUUUUAUUUUAACAGUUUGUUACAUAUUCUGUUCAAAUUUGUUUUAUUCAAUGUAUUAUUGCAACCUCACAAACCUCACUCUUUCCAGUCAUUUUUCUCAUGAAUGUCAACCUUCUGGAAUGCUUUUCAUACUGAAGUUCACUUAGAUGUUUAAGCUGAACAUCAAUCUUAGCAAUGUCAGAAGCCAGGUACAAGUUCAGUCCUUCUGACUGAAACUAUUAAAGAUAAUUUAUUAGUACUGCAGCCAUUAAGAUAUUAAAAUAUUAUUUUUACUACAUCCAUGGACUGUAGACAAAAUCUUUAUGAACAACUUUUAUAUAGUCUAUAUAUCAGGUCAUUAAGAAUGAAAUCUCUGAUUUUGAACUGAAAGUUUAUUUUACUUUAUCUCAACAAAGAGCAAUGCAGUUAAUCAAAGUAUGCACCUAAAUUAUCAACAUAAUUUUGCCGCUUUAUUGGUAGCUUAUGCCAGCAGCAAAGAAUUCUGGAGAGCAAGAGGUGAUAAAAUCACGAAAGGCUGUUUUUGCAUCUUCAGAUUUGAAGUUUUUUUCCUUGUAAAAAGUUGUCUAAUGCCUGGAAAACAUGAUAGUCAGUUGGUGCAAAUUCUGGUGAAUAUGGUGGAUGACAGCGUACUUCCAGGUUCAGUUCCUGUAACUUGUGUUGCGUUCUUUGUGCAACAUGUGGUUGAGCAUUGUCUUGCAAGAGAAUUGGCCUGUUUCUAUUGACCAAUCUCGGUUGUUUAAUUGCAAGUUCACUCAUCAUUUCAUCCAAUUGGUUGAUGUAUACAUCCACUGUAAUUGACUUAGCAGGUCUCAUAAAGCUAUAGGAGAUGACACCAGCGCUAGACCACCAAACAGACACCAUUAGCUUUUUUUGGUGAAUAUUCUUUUUUGGAUAGUGUUUUGGCACUUUCUAUCCAAUCAUCUUGCUAUUGUUGAAAAGAAUCCAUUUUUCAUCACACGUAACAAUACAAUGCAAAAAUGGUUCGCUUUUAUGCCACGACAGCAAAGAACAGCAAGUUUCAAGAUGAUGUGUCAUUUGAUGCUCGUUCAGUAUGUGUAGUACCCACUUAUCCAGCUUCUUUACCAUGCCAAUUUGUUUCAGAUGGUCCAAUACAGUUGGAAUUGAAACAUCAAACCUUGCUGCUAACUCAUAUGUAGUUUGAGAUGUGUCUACCAUGGGGCUUAUUUUCAAGAGUAAAGUCACCAGACUGGAACUUCUCAAACCAUCAACAUACAGUGCACUCAUUUGCCACAUUUUCACCAAACACCUCAUUGAUUUUUCAAGCUGUCAGGGAUGCAUUGAUUCCACAAUGGAACUCAUAUUCAUAAACAACAUGAAUUUUUGAUCUAUCCAUGGGUUCACAAAAAUUGAUUUACAGAAAAAAACUCUCAAAAUAAUCAGACACCAUGAAUUGCAUUUCAAAUGAUGUAACUCUUCAAUGUUGUAAAACAAAGAAUUGUCAGGAUAAAACAUUAGAGUUAACGACUAUCAAACUUGGUGCAUAAGAAAAUCAAACAUUUCAGUCUUAAUGACCUAAUAUAUUGAUACACACACACACAUAUGCUUGCUUGCUUGAUGCUCUUACUUGGUGGGGCUGGGAUCAUCCCAGGUUAGUGGUCCCAGAGACAUCAUCAUGUGUAGAGUGGACCAGGUCCACCAGUGCUUUCCAUUGCUGGUAGUCCUGUGCCAAUCCCUCUGCAUCCUCCAAAAUGAUGUCGAGCCUCUGGAGAUCUUCACCAAUCACGUCCAGCCAUACAUACAUGCUCACACAUAUACAUGUAUAUAUUUGUGCAAAAAUUGAUGGAGACUUGGGCAGAGUCAUUAGCACACAGAAUAAAAUACCUCGUGGCAUUUGUUUCAGCUGUUUGUUCUCCGAGUUCAAACCUUGUUAUGGUCACUCCAUUCUGUUCCAGUCCAGUGUUGGACAAGAUUCCUUGUGGUAUUCACUCGUUCUGAAUUCUUGGAUGGUAAACUGAAUCAGAUUGCUCGGGUUAACAUUACCAUUUGGUCCUUGGAUGACUUUGAUGGAGAUCUCUGUCACAAGUAUUUGGGUUAUGUCUCUAGUUUGAGAAUGACUUCUUCUUUACCAUUCUUAGAAUCCCUGAAAAAAUGCUAAUGGGUCAUAGAUGCUACCCUUUACUUUGAUUUAUAAAAAAAAUCAAAAAUACCAGGCUUAAUGAUAUUUUUCCAUGGAUUCAAAAUUACUUUUAAAUCUGUAGCUAUCAUAAUAGUGGGAGUCACUCUUGUUGGAUUUAGAGCUGUUAUGUUUAAAUAGUAAUGAAACAAACAUAACUUAGAGAUUUUCCUACUCUGAUUGGAAGUACCUUUGUCCUGUUCUUUUAUUUAAGAGAUUGUUUUUUAAUGUGUGUUUCGAAACCACACAUAUAACUGAGAAAGAAAGCUAUAUUUCUGUUGACAUUCACUGCUGUUGUUUCAGUUAAUUUUGAUAAUAAUGGAAAAUUUAGUAAAAUAAAUUUUGUCAUUAUUAAGCUGGUGUUUGAAACAUAAACUAACAUUGAAUUUUGAUGGAAGGUUUUAACUAAGAUAUUUUAAAGCAUGAAAUUUAUAUCAUAAAAGUAAGGGCUGUUUCAGGUGGAUUGGCAUCAAGAGGCUUAAACCUCCCCACGCCUCUAUUCACCAAACUUUAGCAUCUUCAUUCGAGUUCCUUCUUGGUAUGCUGUACUUUUUUUCUUCUUCAUAUAACCUUCUGCCUGUCCUUGUAAUACUUUUGAUGCUUCAAAUUUCACACCUGUUAAAUACAGUUAAACCUUUCUGUUUGCAGCAUGAUGACUAUUAUGAACUAUGAGUGACAUUGUUUCUUUUUCAACAGGCUUCUUGACAACCUUAAACUAUUUUAGUUUAGCUAUUAUAGAUCAGUAUAUUAGUAUAGAUUUAAAUUUAAAAGAAAGUUUUGUGCAUAUUCUUUUAUUAUUCUACGUUUCAGUCAUUUGACUAUGACCAUGCUGGAGCACCAUCUUAAAGGGUUUUAGUCAAAGAACUCAACCCCAGGACCUAUUUUUUGUAAGCCUAGUACUUUUCUAUCAGUCUCUUUUGCUGAAUCAUUAAAUUAUGAGGACAUAAACACACCAACAUCAGUUGUCAAAUGAUGGUGGUGGGGGACAAACACA